AUGUACGGUCGUUCAUCUUCUGCACGAUCUAGCCUAACUCGCUGCCUACGGGUAGCCGAUUUCAUGGCGAACAAACCGAUGCCCGAAGAUACGUUGCCUGUUAGCGCAGCGUCAGACGACGACCGUGCGCAUUUACGCGGGCGCUCUAGGCAGGAGGCCCAACACCGGGUCUCCGUCGAAGGUCAAGCGUUACAGCGCCGUUCGUUGGACCUAGGCUUCCUGCAUAACUCUACCAUCACUUUGAACAUGUUGCCAAAUGAGAUCUUUGUCUCCAUCAUCCGCCAUGCUGUCAGCGGGGAGGACACUAUGGCGUGGAUAACCAGGACCAUGGGUGUAUGCCGUCAUUGGAGAGAGACGAUUAUCCGUACACCCCUCCUAUGGACGGACAUCCGUUUGUCGGGGAAUAUGCAGUUCUCGGCGCUCUGUUUGACACGUUCCAGUGGUGCCACCAUCAACUGGUAUGUUUCCGAAGCUCAUGUGCGACCACCUCCUUUGGACUGGUACUCGGCGACUGGUUCUCUCCUUGCGUUACAUCAUACACGGAUCAAACACAUGCGCAUCUAUCUCGAGGCAACCAUCACGCCCCUUGUUCAGCUGUACUGGCAGUUAUCGACGAUCGCUUUGCCCGUGCUGGUUUCGAUGGAUUUAACGGCUGUCGCUGGGCUUUCUACACAAUGGAUACCCAGCUACCUCCCAAGUCUCCGACGUCUUUCACUCCAUCGUCUUUCAGUUGAUGUCACCCAUUUACCCCUGUCGCAACUGACAUCCUUGGACCUCAACAACGUCGACUUGCCCUCAAGAAGUCUCGCAUCACUUCUGGACGUGCUGAAGGCAUGCACUUCCUUACAACGGUUUGUCUACGAGGAUACCGACGACAUGCCAAUCAACGAACUCCCCGUCGCCGCAGAUAACAGAGUGUCACUGCCACAUAUUCGACACUUCUGUAUAACUGCAACCUCGGCACAUACAUCAAGCUUGCUUGUACACAUCCUACUAGCCAAGCAAACUCGUGUCGUGCUAUAUCCGAACGACUUCCACCCGCCGCAGGACGAGAACCACAUACCCGUGCUCAAUACUUUCUUGCCGCGAGACUCAGCGUACUGGCCAGCUAUGAAGGACUUAACCCACAUAAUGGUGUGGUGGUACGCGCGCGACGGUCUUACUAUCUACGCGGAUCACGAAACUACGGAGUUCUGGGAGUUGCGCCCUUGGAGGUCUCUCGACUACGUAAACUUGGGUACCGAUACAGAUGAGCUCUCCCCCGUACCGGCACUCGUCAUUGAACAUCUCCAGAUAGACUGGCCCUACCCUUCAUGCACUGCUGAACCACUUCGAGCUGUCGUAGAAGAGCUAGGUGACUUCUUCCCGGUAUCCGCGAAGACCUUUGUCCUCCGUGGAUAUGCGGAAGAGAUCCCCACGGAGACUUGGACCGAACCCUAG